AUGGCGUGCUACCUGGUCAUCAGCUCCCGGCACCUCAGCAACGGCCACUACCGCGGCAUCAAGGGCGUCUUCAGGGGACCGCUCCGCAAGAAGGGCGCCCGCUCGCCGGACUAUGCUGAGAAGGAGAAAGCUGCAGCCAAGGCUCUGGAGGAUGUGAAGGCUAACUUCUACUGUGAACUGUGUGACAAGCAGUACCACAAACACCAAGAAUUUGACAACCACAUCAAUUCUUAUGACCAUGCUCACAAGCAGAGAUUAAAAGACUUGAAACAAAGGGAAUUUGCUCGAAACGUGGCUUCAAAGUCAUGGAAAGAUGAGAAGAAACAGGAAAAAGCACUCAAGCGGCUCCACCAGCUCGCAGAGUUACGGAAACAGUCAGAAUGCAUCACUGGAAGUGGACCAAUGCUUAAAGCCCCCAGAUUAGUCAUGGAAAAGCAGCAGUCGCCAGAUGGAGUUUUCCUAUACAAGGGUGGCAUGGUCACAGCUGGUUCUCAAAGCACCACUGCAAGUGAAGGACAAGGUUUCUCCAGCAGUAUACUAGAGAAACAGCAGCUUAUCAUAAGCAGGCACGAUUCACCUACUAAAAGAUGCCACGUGCUUCAAAAUCAAGUCUCACAAGUGUUCCCAGAUAGCACCAAUGCUUCUCAAAGGGCAGGGGUGUCUUUCUCAUUUUCUAAAAAAGUCCCUUUGAAGCUUGAGUCCUCAGCAUCAGUCUUCAGUGAGAACUCUGAAGAAGGAAAUGAUUGUAGUGAAUCCCCCAACCAUAAAACAAAGCAAGUUCUUGAGGGCUGUCGUUCUGGCACACUUUUGGAAGAGGAUAUGAAAACAGGCCUGGAUAAAGGACCACCUAUUCCACAAGACCAAAUGGAUUUGGAUAACGGUGCAUCAAGUCAUGGAACUGUGAAACUUAAAAUGCUAAAAGAAAAUGAUAGAAGUAGUGAUAGAGAAAUAGAAGAAAAGGUCAGUGUUCAUUCUUCAUUUUCCAAAAUCAAAAUACAGCUUUCAAAUUUGGAUUUUUCAGGUUCACUUAGAGAAACAGAUCAAGAGAGUAAACUGAGUGAGUCUGAGCAAUUGUUGGAAACUCUCAUUUCACCUUCAUGCCAAGCUAACAGUUUUUGCAUACAGCCAAACACCUACAAGCACAGCAAUGCCCAACUGUCUGACAAGUUACAUGAGCUCCCACAACAGCCAGUGCCUGAGCUGACAUUUUCAAGCAACAUUAAUGACAGUCCUGGGGUAGUAAAGAGGGAAAGAUAUUUGGAGGUUUCAGAAACCACAAAUGGAAAUACAGAAUCGCUUUCUAGGGAGACUGUGGUUAAAGAGGCUAAGCCCCAGGAACUGCCUUUCCUCCAUGUAGUGAGCAAAGAUGGCAGCACUGCUCUGCAGUGGCCCACAGAAUUACUUUUGUUUACAAAAACUGAGCCAUGUAUUUCAUAUGGCUGUAAUCCAUUGUAUUUUGACUUCAGACUCUCUUUAAAUCACAGAGAUGGUAAACAGCAUGAAACAAACAAAGAAGGCUGUAAAGACUACUCUAUAAAUAAGACUGCAGAUGAAAAUGAAGCCUCAGGUUUAAUAAAACACAAGCAAAUGUCAAAUGAACAAGAUAAUCAGUUGUUGAAACCAAAGAAGAUGAAAGGUUCCCUAAAUCCAAGAAAGGCCAAGCAAAAAGCUGAGUCAGACAUAGGGAAAGAAAUGAACAAAAAUGGUCGAAAAUAUAUUUCAGAUUAUUUGAAUGAAAAUAUACCCAAAGUGCCUGCUUACCUUGAUGUCUCACAAAAGGAUUAUAUGACAGAAAAAGGUCUUCAUACAACACCACAGAAAAGAUCUUUAAAGCAUCAUUUCCAUAGCUGUGAAAGAAAAAAACAGAGCAUUAGAAAUGAACGCAUUUCCUUUUCUGCUUUUAUGUCUAGGAUUAAAAAGACUAAAGCUGCAAAAUGUCAUUUAAUUUAUUCUGAAGAAACUCAUGAAAACCAAAAUGACUGCAGAUCCAUUCAAGAUGUGGCCAGCUGCAGCAGUGACAUAAGUGACAGUGGAAAAUAUUCUAGUGGAAGUUUCCUUAGUUAUAAAUCUGGUUCGAACAGCAGGUAUUCAGAAAAUGAAGAAAGUGGAAGUUUUACAAGAUGCUGGAGAUUUCCAUCUCCUGAAAAGUCCUCCUCUGACAGACAUUCCAGCUAUUCUGACACUUCCGUUAGCAGUACAAGUAGCUACAUGAGCAGUUCCUCUAGUCCCACAUCAAACAAUCACAGCAGAAAUCAUUUGCUUUGUUGUUGCAAAAGGAAAAGCAAGACAGCUGAAAGGCACAAAUGUAAACACAGAAAGCACAACUGUAUUUUUACUUCUGAUGAUGCAUAUGAUAAUUAUCUUUGCCAUGUUAGAAGUCACAGAAGUAGAAACUGCACACAGAGGGGCACAAUUAAAUAUCAAAGAUGUUCAAGACAUAAAGUUUUACACCACAGAGAUAGAUCUAAACACAGCAAAUGUAGACACCAGCAUUUUGGCAGAGUGAAUAGUAGAAGUAGAAGCUACAAUGGCUCCAAAAGUUCUUCCACCACAGAAUCAAGAAGCAGCGAGAGCUCAUCUAGCAGCAGAGUAUCAAGAGGUAGUAGUGCAGGGUCCUUCUCAAAAGAGACUGAUAACUGUGAGAAUAAAACAAAAGAGGAUGCAGAAAGAGAUUCUAACACCAAAAGAGGAAAUGAUGGAACUACACAUUAUGAAUCUCUGAAUGCAAACAGCCAGACGAAAAACUUUGCUACCUGCUCUUCUGAAACAUUGGUAAAAGACAUAUGUGGAAAAAGAAAGUCACUGACAGCCAAGUUAUUGUUGGAAAGAGUGCAGUCCAAGAAAACCCAAGAACAAAUGCAUGAUUCAGAAAGAUUUUCAAACAUUUGUGGUAUGGAAUUAAAGGAUCUUUCACAAAGUCACUUUGCGGUUCAGUUUUCAUCAUCGGUAGGUGAUACAGCAAUGUUACCUUUGCCAGAGAAACUGCUAAGCACAGGUAAAAAUGACAUAGGGCAAAAUGAAAGUCCAUUGGAAGGCAGUGUGAAAAGAAACAAAUCUGAAGCUUCAGAGAUAACCAAUGUUGCUCGUUCAGCAGGGACUGAUUAUGAUCAUUGUCUUUUUAAAGACAUCAUUCAAAUAGGAACAGGCUAUCAGAGCCCGAGCGUAAAAAGGAGCACAGCAAUAAAGGAACAAUCCAAUCUCUUCAUUAAUGAAGUACAACCCUUUAUACAAAGCUGUGACCCAGUACCAAAUGAUUUCCCUGGUGCUUUUUCCUCUAAAAGAUAUUCUGUUGUUGCUAAUUCAACAGAGACCAAAGAAGAACUACAUGAUGUAAACAUGGACUUGAACCAGGCAGAAGGCAGUUCAGACUCUCUUUGUGACAAUGCUAUGCAGAACUACAAUGACACAGUAAAUGAACUAGAAGUGUACACUAAAUCCAUCUCCCCUCCUUUAACACAGCAGCCUAUAACAUUCUCACCAGAAGAAGUAGACAAAUAUAGGUUGCUGCAGCUGCAAGCCCAGCAGCAUAUGCAGAAACAACUUCUGGCAAAACACCUGAAAGUUUUGCCUGCCCCAGGACCAGCUGCCUUCUCUGCAACACCAGCAGUUCCCACCAUCCCUGUUCAGCAGCAUGCUACUGUCACCACUAUCCACCAUACACUGCUGCAACGCUUUGCUGUCUCAGCAUCUGUACAUCCCCAUGGCAGCCAUCUUUCCCUGGCACACCUCCAUCCCCUCUCUCAGGCACAUUUCACCCCUAUAUCACUUUCUCCAUUAGCACCAACCCUCAUUCCUGCCCACCCUGCUCUGCUGGCAGGACACCCGUUGCACUUGGUCUCCACCACCCCUACUCACCCUUCCCCACUGAACUUCCCCAUACUGCCACAUGCUGCGUACAUCCCAGCCUUAUUUACACCACACCUGAAUGCAGCCACACCUCCUGCUAUACAUCCAAAUCCCAUUGUUCAUCCGUUAUUCCAAGGUCAAGAUUCCCAUCAUCAUUCUUGCUCUAGCCAGACCCAACAGUUACCUACAAUAAAAGAAAUUUUUGGUGUUUCUAGUUAUUUAAACUAG